AUGUCACCCGUUGACUGUAAAUCUCAACCAAAAUUAAGUAAUGUUGAGCAUUGUCCUGGCAAGUGCCCGAAUGGUUGUACAAAUGGAUACUGUGAUUGUGCGACAGGAGAGUGUUUGUGCAAUCCUGGAUUUUCUGGUUCAAAUUGUAAGAUUGGCACUUGCGCUGCUGCUGGCUGCGUCAAUGGCAACUGUGCUGCUCAAUAUCUUGGACAAGAUUUGCUUGUUACAAAUAAACCAUGUGUUUGCAUUGAUGGUUGGUAUGGCGAUAGAUGUGAUACAACAACACCGCCAAUUCCAGUUCCAGACCCAACGCCCACGUGCUUUAACGGAUGUUAUUUUUUCCCGGAUAGUGACAUUACCGGUGGAGAGCUUGGGGUUAUUCAAACAUCAGAUCCAAAAGCUUGCUGUGCUGCGUGCAAUGCGAAUGCAGCCUGUAAUUCAUGGGUUUUGUCUGUUAUUUGCUUUUUAAAAACAGGAACACAAAGAAUUCAUAAACCUGGAAUCAUAUCAGGAAUUAAAUGUUCAGUUGGAACAGGUUCUAGUACAAUUGCACCUGUUACGGCAGCACCUACAGCAGCACCUACAGCGGCACCUACAGUAGCACCUACAGCGGCACCUACAGCAGCACCUACAACAGCCCACUGUGAUGGUAAAUGCAAAGGUCAAUACCCAUAUGGUUGUAAUUCUGGCUUUCAAUAUGGGUAUUGCAACGCAGGAGGUGGAUGUACUUAUUCUAUUACCACUGAUCCAAAUUGGUGUUGCUUCAAUGGUUGUAAUCAACAAUCAUCUAGCACAAACCCACCAGUUUUGACAAAUGCGCCAACAGAUGCACCUGUAACAGUUACGGUAGCACCUGUAUCAACUUCCUGUGAUGGCAAAUGCCUUGGAAAAUUUCCUUAUGGUUGUAACCCUAGUUUUUCUACAGGAUAUUGUAAUUCCGGUGGUGGGUGCAGCUAUUCCACAAUGAAUGAUCCUAAUUGUAAACUAGCAUCAGAUUAUGUACCCGGUGAAAUUCCCUCUUGGAUUGAUCAAAGAAGUUCGGAAGAGAAAAGCAAAGAUGAACGUGAAUCAAUUGCUCCGGAAGCUGCUUAUCAUGUCUCUUCAACUUUCCCAAUACCGCGAAAGGAAAAAGAGAAUGAAAAUAAUCAAGUUGAUUUAAUUAAUGAUAAUCAAAUUAAAUCAUUUGAAGAUUUGGUAGAUAAAUAUCCACGUAAUUAUGAACAAAGUCAUUAUUCACCUAUGUUAGUUAAUAUUAAUGAUCCUGAUCUGAAAAUUCAACCACAAUGUGUAGAAGUAGUAGCUGAUUGUGGUGAAUUACAAGAACAAUGUGCGCAUGUAGCAAAUGAUUGUGAUAAAUUAGAACAACAACGUGAAUGUGCUAUUAAAUCUGUUUCUGUUCAAACUGAUGUUGAAGAUGCUUUUGCUAGAAGUGUGGAUAGUUUAACAGCUGAUGAUACAUUAAUUAAUACGAUUGUCCCCUCAAGAUGUUCUAUCUUUGUGGUCUGA